GCAACCUACCCAGGCGGGCUCUCACACAUGAGAGACCUACCACCAGUAACACCUGGUGUUUGUUUUAUUCAACAAUGUAUUCACUUAGACGUCAUUGUGAGAAAGCAUGCGAUACAAAGAAACAAAUGAUUAUUAACAAAUUUUUUUCACGAAACGCGGAGACAAACAAACGCGAUCUUAACGAUAUUUGCACAGUGACAAAUGCUCUAGAUUCUGUGAACUUUUAUUCUUGGGAAAAUACGUGUGAAUGUUUAUGCCAAAUAUAUUGUGUAUAUGCAGGAAUUUGUUUAUUUUAUAUCUUCUUUUAAAUUACUAUUAUUUUAUGCAAGUUGCCAAUUUUUUUGUGGUUAAUACUGAUAGAGGGAAAUGAUUUAAAAAUAAUUUUAAUACUGUUUUGUAUACAUAGUUAUAAUAAGUCCUGUCUCAUAUGGAGGUGGACAGACAACCUAAUAAAAGUAGCUGGAGGUCGUUGGAUGUGGGCUGCCUCCAAUAGGUCCAUCUGGAAAUCUUUUAGGGAGGUCCAUGUUCAGCAGUGGAUAUCCAAUGGCUGAUGAUAAUGUCUCUUGUUACUAACUUUUUCUCGCAGCUUUGCCUUCGUGUAAGAGUUUUCUGGGAUCAAAUACCGCUAUAUAUUUUCCCGGAAUAAAAAGCCUGUGUCCUUCCCAAGGUAUCAAACUGUCUCCAUAUUAAAUUUCGUCGAAAUCCGAUCGGUAAUUUUGAGUUUGUCGUGGUCAGUCAGACAGACGCGACAGGGGACUUUUUUAUUUAAUUAUUUUAUUUAUUAUGCUUUAUUGUACACCAAAGACAAACAUUAUAGUUACAAGAAAAGAGAAAGAAGCACAAAUGGCGGUGUUAUUGCACAAGGCAAUCUCUUACAGACAAUCUUGGGAUGGAUAUAAGAGAAAACAGAAUAAAAAGGACUUUGUUUUACAAUAUGUAAGGCAACUGUUUCUUCCUAUAAUUUCGUCUUUCCCAUUAAACAGUUCUCAUUAUCCACCUUCAAUGUUGAUAUAUCAUGUAACCGAAUGCAUGUCUGCCUAGCUGUUAAUAAACAAACAUUUGUAUUUCAGGGGUCAAUGACUUGUCUAAGGAGAGGUCGCUCACACUUUGAUAGGCUAUAUUACUGUAUUUCUGUACAUUGUAUGAAAGUAGACGAGUUUAAAUUGGCCGACAUAAUAAAUACAACAAUAAUCUUAAUGUAAUCGCUUACAGUUAUCUAUGCACUCUAAUUAUCUUUGGACCGUUCCUGAGAAUCAAUCAAUUAAAAUAAGUACUUGAGGACACUGAUCGGAAGUUGACCGAAAUUGUUUUUUUUCUGUAAUACAUAUGAAUUUUAAUUACGCCAAACUCACACUCUUCCGUGCGCGCAAUAAAAAAACAAAAUGUCUUUAACGUGUAUAGAUGUAUUUUAAAUGAUCUAUUUUCGGUCCUAAAGUAGCGAUUGAUAUAAUUAACUCGUCAAGUGGUAGCAUAACUCAAAAACAAUGGCAAUUAUUUCUAUCAUUUUAAAUCAUAAGAAUGCGAUAGACUGGCACGGUGGCGUAGUUGUACUACAUGCGGUAUACAACUGCCGCUCUGAAGUGUCGGGUCGGGUUUUGGUAUUGGAUUCUUUGCUCAGUGGCUCGGAGUAUAAAAAAAUGAAUUAAGUAGUUUUAAGUUUAAAAAAUAAAGAAACAAAUGAGUUAUCAAUCACGAUUCGCAAAUGACCUUACCCUGAGAAUUGCGGUGGCCUCGCGCUGUGAAAGUACGUGUAACGCCUUCAAUAUAACCUAGACUAUGAUCCAUAUAACUAACAGUAAAUGGACAUCUUGUGCCCUCAGUCUUUAUACCGAAGGCUCGCAACGGGGGACAUUAUACCGUGGCACUAGGCAUAUAGUGGAAUGUGUUUAUCUUGGUUGCCAAAUUUACAUUGAGGCCUAUAAGGGUGAAUAUUCCAUGGCCUUCUUUCCUCCGCUUAUCCUAAGAUGAUCCCUUCUCCUUCCCAAUUAUCCUCUUCCCACUCUACUCCAGGGCCUCAGCAGUCGCUAUGCCGGGCGAUUCUAGUAUCUCAUUUGCAGGUUUCCACCGGUGUGGACUACUGUACUGUGGUCAGUAUCAGGGGGAAUAUAAAUACCCUACCGCUAUCAGCUCCAAACGCGCACCAGGGGGUGGGGUUAGGUUAGGUUAGUUAGGUUACUAGAGGUUCUAGUAACAUGUGCUCUUGACUUUACCUACAAUCCAUACUUUUCUAGUUCUCCAUAUCAACUUGACCCCCCCCCCCCCCCCUGAACCAUAGGCUGGCGACACUCUUGAUCAGCCCUUGAAAUUUAUCUCAGUAUAAGAAUACACAGUUCUAUGCAAGGCUUUACAGUACAAAAUUGUGGUGUUACCACUACUUGUGGACAGUCAUGGCGCUUAACAUCAGGGAAACUUCUGGAUGUUUUUAUACAAUUUAGAAUAAAAUAACAAUAUAAUAUAUAGGUAUAUGUUAUCCUCUUUUAAAUUAAUUCUUAUUCAAGCACGACAAAAGAAAAAAACAAUCAUCUAUGUUCUAUGUUCAAAUGUUGGAGGGUAAUUUUCACUAAUGUAUUGCAAAGAAUAUAUUUUUUAAAUUUACAAGUAUAAUAGGUAUAUAGAAUUAUAAUUGUUCGUUGGGCAAAGACACAUAUUUUAUUCAUACCAUUAGCUGGAAUAAAGCGUUACUUCGACUAUGAUAUAAAUUCGUUGCGCGAAAAGUUAUGAAAUUCAAACAUUUCAAUGCUCUAUAACGGUUUAUAUUGCAAUUAAACAAGCUAUCAAACUGUUCGCAUAGAUUUUGUCGCAGAUUAUUAUAAUUUUAUUUUAAAAUUUAGAUUUUUGCCAAACACCUGCGCAUCAAUAUCGGCUGAACCCAAUCAACUCCGAGUCUUCACACGAAUAAACUACGUUCGCCCUUCACAAGGUCAUCGACCCGCGGCGGUGCCAAAAAGUCUCCUCAACCUUCAGUUUUUGGCCGCUUUCUUCACGUUUCUUACCCAUUCGUCAUUUCGUUUAAAAUAAUUCGUUUUGUGUGAGUUUUUUAAACUAAUAUAACAGUUAUUAGGAAUAAAAUGUGUGCUCCUGCCGAUAGGCGUUUAUAAUAUAGAACGUAGAUGCUCGGCGACGUAAUUUCAACUUAUUGCGUGCGCGGUACGAAACUACUCUAAGGUCACAGGUUCGACUCCUGGUUCAGUAAUGUUAUGAGGUUUAUCUAUUGAGUAUCUACCUGGAGACUCAAAAUUAUAUCUGUUGCCGCCAUCAUCGCGGAUUGCACCGGCGCAGGCAGUUCGUCGAGGGGCGGGGUUCUCAACCGCUCGACCGGCACCCGCGCGCCUCCGGCCACUCAGCUCUCGAACGCAGUCACAAUCGGGCACUUUACUUGUUUUUACUUCCUAUACUAUAACGGCAUUAAACCUAUGUACUACAGUCCACAUAAUAUGUUUUAUUUGCAAGUCCAAUCAAUGGCUUAAACACUGGUCCUUCGUUCGCGUAAAUAUAAAAACCAGUUCUACCGAAAUAAUAAUUUCAUUCACGUCAACGGUCGUCGUAAUGUCGUAUGGACUUUGACCGUGUGAGAAGAAGUUGGAAGAAAGAAAACGUUCUCGAAGCAGCCCGCAUAUUCGACAUAGCUGAAGUCAUUCCUGGGAGUAUGCUUAUCAUAUUUGAGUGAGUUCGUUCCAAUUAGUUUUUUUUCGACUACCUACUGUUCUUUUUUUUUUGUUCGCCCAAAAUCGUUUGGUUAAUAAUAAAGUUGCCUUCAUUUCACAGUGUUAUAUAUAACAUAUGUGGCUUACAAGUUUUCUAUUUUUCAAAACGCUUACGCAUAAUAGUGAAUUUUAAUACAUUUAUUAGAAAGGUGCGUUGACGGUCGUUGACCUUGACGUGAUCCCGUUAUUUGCCUUCGCUUGUUUACGCACAUAUUCUAUUAUUGCUCAUCAGUUCUGGCUUAUUUUGAUUUCUAUUGCUUAUUCAUUUCAAUAGUAUCUCCAGAAUGGCAGAUUUAAAAAUGCUUAUUAAAAAACGUAGCUCAACAAAAUCUAAGCUUACUAUUUACAAUAAUUAUAUUAAUUUAUUGAAAAGCAGUACAAGCCUAUCAGAGUUGCAGCGUUUAGAUUUAGAGGAGCGCUUCAGUAGGUUCACUUCCAUACAUUCCGAAUUUGACAAUUUACAGACGCAAAUCGAUGUGCUCACCGAUGAUGAUGCGGCUGCUGUAGCUGAUCGUGAGGAUUUCGACCGCCAGUUCUACAAUCUCAUAGCAAUCACGCGUAGCCUGCUCGGCAUUAAAUCCACUAGUGCUGGAUCUGAGACGGGCUCCAACGAUGCUGAUUCAGCUUUGGUAAACGUGAUUGGUGCAAAGGGUAAGAAGCACACUGCGCGCAUACUACUGGACAAUGGUAGCACGGCGAACUUUGUAACGCAGAACUUAUCAGAAAAACUGGGUUUGUCGCUUCACGGUACAAGAACUAAGGUAACAGGUAUCAAUAAUCACAUGUCAACUAGUACACGGUCUUGUCACCUCGUCAUAGAGUCUUUAUGCUGUGCUUAUACUGUUGACAUUGAAUGUCACAUUUUGCCUGAGAUUACAAAGGUCUUACCAUCCUCAUUUGUGCAUGUCGAACACGUCCCUAUUCCAUCAGGUCUAAAACUAGCAGACCCGAACUUUAACGUUCCGUCGGUCGUAGAUAUCCUCGUAGGGGCUGAAAUAUUUUGGAAUGUCUUAGGCAGUAAUACGAUAGAUUUAGGGAAAAAUCUACCUAGAUUAUUUGAAACUAAAUUCGGAUGGCUUGUAUCAGGUAGUAUUUUGAAUAAAUAUGUUAUUUCUUCCACAUUUUUUUGCAAUCAUUCCAAUGUCACUCCCGACCUUGCACAGUUUUGGGAGCUUGACACCGUGUCGUCAAAGCAUUCUCACUCUCUCGAGGAAAGAAUUUGUGAAAAUCUGUUUUAUCAAAAUACAGUUCGUAACAGUGAUGGCAGAUAUGUCGUCACAAUGCCUUUAAAAGAGGAUCCUAUCAACUUAGGACAUUCUUAUGAAUACGCCAAAAAUCGCUUUCUCUCCCUCGAGCGGCGAUUUCAGCGUGAUCCUGUAUUUAAAGAAAAAUACAAUGAGUUCAUGCGAGAAUAUGAGCGCCUUGGCCAUAUGACGUUGGAUUCACAUUUUGUUACUUCAUCCGACACCGCCAUGACAAAAUAUUUUAUUCCACAUCAUGGAGUCAUUCGUAACUCUAGUACCACUACACAACUACGCGUAGUAUUCGAUGCAUCAGCCCCUACUAGCUCGGGUGUGUCUCUUAACGACAUUCAGAUGGUCGGUCCCGUAGUGCAAGACGAUCUGUUUUCCAUUAUAACACGUUUUCGUCAGCAUAGGUAUGUGGUAUCGGGCGAUGUAGAAAAAAUGUAUAGAGCCAUCGAAUUAAAUCCAGUUCAACGCCCUCUCCAAAAAAUUAUUUUCCGGUAUAAACCUACCGAACCUCUUAACACCUAUACAUUAAACACAGUCACCUAUGGGACCGCUUCUGCCCCAUAUUUAGCCACUAAAUGCUUAGUUUGUCUCGCCGACAACAUUGAAGAUACUCGCGUGCAACGCGCUAUACGGCGUGAUUUUUAUGUCGAUGACUACUUAAGUGGAGCUGAUACGAUAGCCGAAACGGUAGAAAUUACAAAACGGGUCCAAUCAGUUUUAUCAUCAGCCAAAUUUAAUUUACGCAAAUGGCGAUCAAAUAGUUCCUUCAUUCAUAGCCAAAUUGCUGAUACUAGUGACUUUAACGAUACAUUACAUUUUUCGGAGCAAGGGCUAGACACGAAUCGAACUAAAACGUUAGGUCUUAACUGGAUUUGUAAUUCUGAUUUUUUAACAUUUUCUAUUAAUAUUACACCCAUAAAUAAAAUCACUAAACGUCACAUUCUCUCUGUCAUUAGUCAAAUAUUCGACCCAUUAGGACUCGUAGGUCCGUGCGUUGUCGAAGCAAAGAUCGUAAUGCAGCGUCUAUGGCUUGAAAAAUACGACUGGGACGACGAAGUGUCGCACGAAAUAAAAAACCUUUGGUCUUCAUUUGAGAACACAGUAAUAUCACUAAAUAAGCUACGAAUUCCUCGUUGGGUUCUAUGUGAAAACUCUAUUGCACGCGAAAUACAUAUCUUUACCGACGCGUCCGAAAAAGCAUACGGUGCGUGUGUGUAUAUUCGGUCAUGUAACGGCAUCGAACCCACGAACGUUCAACUUUUGGUAUCUAAAAACCGUAUCGCACCAAUUAAAUCUACGACAAUACCAAAGCUUGAACUUUGCGGGGCCUUACUGGGUGCAAGACUGUGUACUAAGGUUCAGGAAUCACUUACCAUACACAUUCACAAAUAUAGAUUCUGGUGCGAUUCCACGAUAGUGUUGGGUUGGCUCUCUUCUCCUUCUAAUCAAUUAAAACCUUUUGUUAGAAACAGAGUCAAUGAAAUACGGGAAACCACAAGCAAUUAUACCUGGAGCUACGUACCGUCAACUGAAAACCCGGCAGAUCUCGUUUCCCGCGGUCUACGAGCCAACGUUAUCAAGGACACACCGUUGUGGUGGUCUGGGCCCUCGUUUCUAUUGCAAAAUGAAAGCGAAUGGCCCAAAAUGCCUAACACAGAAAAUCAUGACUCACCAAAAGCAGUAACACAUAUUUAUACUAGUAACAAUAUUAAUAGUAAUUUAUACAGCAUGCAUCAUUCUCACACAACCAAUCAACCAUCCAUCACGUAUACCUUAUUAGAAAAACAUUCCGAUUUAACAAAAAUACAAAGAAUAAUAGCCUAUGUACAAAGAUUUAUUUAUAAUUUAAAAAACAAAAACAAAUUGAGUGGCAAUUUUUCCACAACGGAAUUAGAAAAAUCACUAAUUUCUAUCACACACUUUUCUCAACAAGAAAUGUUUCCAGAGGAAUAUAACAUUUUAAAAUUAGGACAAAAGUUGCCUCGCAAGAGCAGAUUACUUCCCUUGACUCCAUUCAUAGACAGUCAAGAUGUCAUUCGCGUGGGCGGGAGGCUUGAAAACUCUCCUUACGAUUUUAAUGUAAAACAUCCCAUAGUACUAUGUAGUAAACACAUUUUCACUAAACUGAUAUUCCAAAUGCAGCACGUAAAAUUAUUACAUGCUGGCCCUCAGCUGCUAUUGUCACAUAUUCGACUUACAUAUUGGCCUCUAGGUGGCAGGAACUUGUCAAGGUCCGUUGUGAAUAAAUGUCUUAAAUGUUUUAGACACAAAGCCCAAAAUGUUCAGCCCAUAAUGGGUCAACUACCAUAUUCUAGAACUCAUCUUGAAUAUCCAUUUUUACAUUGUUGUGUAGACUACGCUGGGCCAAUAUUGGUGGCCAAUCGCAAAGGUCGCGGCUGCAAACUAACAAAAUCAUAUAUUUGCAUCUUUGUUUGCUCAGCAAUAAAGGCCGUACAUUUGGAGCUCGUUACAGAUCUCACCACUGAGGCAUACAUGGCCGCUCUAAAUCGUUUUGUAUCGCGCCGCGGUAAGCCUCGUAGCAUAACAUCCGAUAACGGAACAAAUUUCGUAGGCGCGUCAAAUGAGAUGACUAAGUUUUUAAGUGUAUCGAAUGUUAAAUCUGAAGUAGCUCAGGAGGGUAUUGAAUUCAUUUUUACGCCUGCAUACAGUCCUCACUUUAAUUCAUUAGCUGAAGCCGCAGUAAAAUCUUGUAAGCAUCAUUUAAAAAGACUACUGGGCCUUUCAAAUUUUACCUUUGAAGAGAUGGUCACAUGUCUUACACACAUAGAAGCUGUCUUAAAUUCCCGUCCGAUAACACCGCUAUCUUCAGACCCAAACGAUUUUUCGGCUUUAACUCCAUCUCAUUUCCUAAUUGGACGACCACUCUUAUCUGUGCCAUGUUCCCAGGUGACUGAUGCGAACAUUACGCGGCUGGAUCGUUGGAAACGUAUUCAGUUGAUCCGACAGCACUUUUGGAACAGAUUUCAUAAUGAAUAUACUUCUCAGAUGCAGGAAAAAUUAAAAUGGAGUCAAUCUAGAGGUGAAGUUGAACCUGGUUCCCUAGUUCUGAUUAAGGACAAAACGACACCACCGCUGCUUUGGUCAUUGGGCCGAGUAGUCAAAAUUUACCCUGGUAUAGACGGGAUCACAAGGGUGGCUGAAUUGAAGACAAGAAGAGGUACAAUUCGACGAGCCUUCAACAACAUCUGUCCUCUUCCUACUCUAGAAAAUUGAAGACGUCCCUUCAACCCGAGGAGUAUGUUGCCGCCAUCAUCGCGGAUUGCACCGGCGCAGGCAGUUCGUCGAGGGGCGGGGUUCUCAACCGCUCGACCGGCACCCGCGCGCCUCCGGCCACUCAGCUCUCGAACGCAGUCACAAUCGGGCACUUUACUUGUUUUUACUUCCUAUACUAUAACGGCAUUAAACCUAUGUACUACAGUCCA